AUGGAGAGUAUAAAGGAAGCAAUGAAAGCAGCAGUAGCGUCCAUACUGAAGGAAGAAGGAUUUACCUCCGUGGAAAGCAAGGGGAUGGAUAUUCUCACAGAAGCAUUGCUAAACUACACAGUCUACACAGGAAAUAGGCUGAAGAGACAGGCUGAAAUGAGCAGAAGAACACUUCCCACUCUUGUGGACGCUUCAAUCAUCAUACAGGAAAUAAACAGCCAGAAUCUUGACCAAAGCACCCGCCAAGAGAGCAAACACCACAGAAAUAACCACAGUGCUACGAAUAGCAGCUACAAUGGAGUUUCUCUUGGUGACUUAUUAAACCUAUACAAUACGAGCAAAAAGAUAGACCCGAUUAAGAUAGUAAUGCAGGAGACAGAAGAUGCCGCAGACUGCGAGUUUGCAAGUGAUGCCUGCACGUACGUAGACUAUCCCCAGAACUACUACGAGUUCUUCCCCAAGUUUCCUCCUGCCCACACCUUCAAGAACAGCUCAAUAAAGAGAAAAAUAACAGACGACAGAGCACAGAAAGCCAGGCUAAGAAACGAACAAACAAAAAAGGUGGUAGAGAACCUAUUCACCAUAAUGGCAAAGAGCGGCAAGUCUCCUAAAUACGCCAACUACCUGCUAUGA